CGUCAGCGCAAAGAUGGCGUCUUCGGCGGCGCUGCUCUUGCGCUUGCGGAGCGGGCUCUCGCCGGGCUCCAGGGGGCUGUGCACGAGGUUGGCGACGCCACCCCGCAGGGCCCCGGAGCAGGCAGCCGAGAUUGGGAGCCGUGGGGGCGCCGCUCAGGCCCAGGGGUCCCAGCAGCAGCGGGCGUCCGAGGGCCCCAGCUAUGCCAAGAAAGUCGCCCUCUGGCUCGCGGGGCUCCUUGGGGCUGGAGGGACCGUGAGCAUCGUCUACAUCUUUGGAAAUAACCCUGUGGAUGAAACCGGUGCCAAGAUUCCCGAUGAAUUCGACAAUGAUCCAGUGUUGGUUCAGCAGUUGCGCCGGACGUACAAAUACUUCAAAGACUAUAGACAGAUGAUCAUCGAGCCCACCAGCCCUUGCCUGCUCCCGGACCCUCUGCGGGAGCCAUACUACCAGCCGCCCUACACACUGGUCCUGGAGCUCACGGGCGUCCUCCUGCACCCUGAGUGGUCGCUGGCCACUGGCUGGCGGUUUAAGAAGCGCCCAGGCAUCGAGACCUUAUUCCAGCAGCUCGCCCCUUUGUAUGAAAUCGUCGUCUUCACGUCAGAAACCGGCAUGACCGCGUUUCCGCUCAUCGACAGCGUGGACCCCCACGGCUUCAUCUCCUACCGCCUCUUCCGGGACGCCACUCGCUACAUGGAUGGGCACCACGUGAAGGACAUCUCCUGUCUGAACCGGGACCCGGCCCGCGUGGUCAUCGUGGACUGCAAGAGGGAAGCCUUUCGCCUGCAGCCCUAUAAUGGUGUCGCCCUGCGGCCCUGGGACGGCAGCUCCGACGACCGGGUCCUACUGGAUCUGUCUGCCUUCCUUAAGACCAUCGCACUGAAUGGAGUGGAGGAUGUCCGCACGGUGCUGGAGCAUUACGCCCAGGAGGACGACCCACUGGAGGCGUUCAGGCAGCGGCAGAGCCGGCUAGAGCAGGAGGAGCAGCAGCGCCUGGCCGAGCUCUCCAAGCCCAGCAAGCAGAACCUCUUCCUCGGCUCCCUCACCAGCCGCCUGUGGCCUCGCUCCAAAUCGACCUGACCCCUCGGCAGGCAGCCGCCCACUCAGGGCGGGGUGGCAGCCACACGUGCGUCCAAUAAAGUCGGUCCCAGGUGUCACAACUCA